AUGGAAAAUAUUACAAAUUCAUUACCAAGACGUUACUUGUGGAAGAUUGAAUCAUUUUCGUUGCUCUCAGAAAAUGGUACUUCCAAGUAUGAAUCAAAUGAGUUCGAAUCCGGUGGCUUCAAUUGGAAAAUGAUCAUUUAUCCUGAUGGAGAUGUAGAUGGAGCAGGCCAUAUAUCUGUAUACUUGGCCAUUAUUGGGAAAGGUUCCCUACAUGCUGUUUGGGCGGUGAAUGUCUCAUUUAGCUUCUUGAUAUUCGAUCAAAUUCACGACAACUAUAAUGUAAUGAAAGGAAUGGAGAGGCAUUUUCGCAAUAUCAAGACUGAAUGGGGCUUUUCGAAAUGUAUCUCUCAUAAAACAUUCAAAGAUCCCUCUAAUGGUUACCUUGUUAAUGACAAAUGUGUCGUUGGAGUUGACGUAUAUGUCAUCAAGAACCAGGGAAUAGGUGAAUGUAUGUCCUUAUUGAAAGGCACCAAGGUUUAUAAGCACAACUGGAAGAUUACUAAGUUCACAAAAUUGAAGAAAAAAGUGUACUAUUCUGAAGAGUUUAUUGUUGAUGGUUAUAAAUGGAAACUUUCGUUAUAUCCUACAGGUGACAACCGACAAAAUGGUAAGAACAUCUCCGUCUUUCUUGAAUCAGUUGAUGCUAAAGGAUUUAAUCGCCAAAAAAGAGUCCAGGCAAAAUUUAGCAUUUCUCUCAAAAACCAGAUUGGUGGUGAACAUCACAACAAGAGUGGUAGUUCAAAUUGGUAUUCAGCUGCUACAAAGGGUUGGGGCUGGUCAUCAUUUAUGCCAUGUUGUGAAUUCAAUGAUCCUAAAAAGGGCUUUCUUAUUGAAGACUGUUGCAUUUUGGAAGCUGAUGUUUCUGUUGUUGGUGUCGUUAAUUCUUUAACUUAA